CACAGACAACUUCACAACACCAUAUAAUGUAGUGACAUGCGACCGCUGUGUACCACACACAUUCGAACACACACAAAAACCAACCACCUGCUCUUCUCUGGUGGUGCACCCACGAGGAGGAUGCAAACGCAGGAGGAGGAAGAUUUGGCGAUACUCCACCACAUCUGGAGGCCAACGCCAGAGAACCGGAAAGAGCUCGAGCGGAUCAAACCCAACAAAGGCCCCUGGUCGAAGAGCGAGGUGGAAACGCUGCACAACAACGUCAACCGAUUCCUGAAGGAGCAUGGCGCCAGCGACGCGUUGAGCGUACUCUACGGUGACCAGCAAGAGCUCAAGUCAGAGCUCCGCCGAGCAGUGUGUCACAACAUUCGCCGCACUGCGGUCUCCAUCUGCAGAUACCUCACCAGGGCGUACCCCAAAUACCCUCUGUUGCGGGAUAAACCCCUCACCCCUGAGGAGGAAGCGCAGCUGUGCCGCUUGGUCCAAACCCACGGUAAAGCAUGGGCGAAAAUCGCAUCCUCACUUGGACGUGACCCAAACUCUCUCAUGAGCUGUUACCAAAGGAUGACCCAAAUCACAACCCCGUUCACGGAGGAGGAGGACGCAAAACUCAUGGAGCUCUAUGCCAAGCACGGGCGCAAGUGGGUUUUGCUCGCGCAGCACUUCGACAAGAAGAGCCCAAGCCAUUGCAAGCAUCACAUCGAAUAUCUGUUGAAGCGACCCCAGUCGAAGGACACUGCCAGCGCCAAAGGCCAAGCAAAGCGUCCCUCAAAGGCAGCACGGCCGACAGUCACCCGCAAGAAGAAGCCCAAGACAGCAGAGGCCCAAGAGCACAGACGAAAGAAGCUGAGCGAGAUGCGCAAGGCCGGCACGCUGCCACCCGAAUUGCUGAAGCAGGAGCAGCUGAGGGAACAGCUUGAGGCAGAGCGCAAAAAGGCCCAGCUCAAAAUGGCGGAGGUGCAAGCGCGGAAGAAGCGGGGAGGGGAAGCACCAGGUUCGCUCGGGUAUCUGCGUCGACGAGACAAUUUUGCCGUCAUUGCAGCCAUUCAAGGCAUGGGCUGCGCCCGCUUCGACGACGUGGACUGGAAUGCUGUCUUCGACCACGUCAAAUGUGGUGACUCACCAGCUGACCUUAAGAAGCACAUGGGGCGCUACCUGUCCCUGGUUUCCACGGACACGCAAUCGUUUACAGAGCAGUUGCAAGCCGUGAAAGACAUGCUGAAGCAAACCUUGCCCUGGAGACAUAUCUUUUCAGUGAUCCGAGACCAGGGCACGCAACAUAUCAGUGACAUUGACUGGGAUGCGAUCGCACAACAGCUGCCCGGGAACACACCUCCAGAGCUACUUGAGUUUCGCUUUCGAACCUUGCUUCUCAAGAUUCCCAGGGAGGAACGGGACCAACCAACCAGCGCCGUCUUGACCUCGCUCUCCCUCGGACCACCUCAGCCCGCAGAAGUGGUGUCAAUAUGCCAGCGCGUCCAAGCAAUGAAUGUUGCGUCAUUGGAGGACGUGAACUGGGAUGAGAUCAAAGAGCGCAGUGGUUCCAAGCGAAGCUGUCUCAGCCUCAAGAUUGCUGUGGAAACAGCCCUUAGCAAAGCUUCUUCCCAGGAACAGACCUUGUCCUUUGAGCAGCAGUUGCAGCAAGCGAUUGAUGAUGCGCGCCCACCUGAGUGGCAUGUGUGCAUUGGCAUGAUGGCGCUACACGACAUGAACGUGACUUCGCUCGAUGACAUCAACUGGUCCGCCGUUCAGCAGCGCUGUCAAAUGACGAUAAACACGGGUCAUGUUAAGAGGUUUCUGGAUCAGCAACUGUCCAAGCUCUCGUCAGAGCAACAACAGCUGCCGCUUCAAGAUCAACUUGAAUUGCUGACAUCGAAGGCAAUUCUCAAAGGGCACGGUCUGAACAAACGGCGACAGGCCAUUGUGCUUCGCGCUCUGAAAGGCUUGGACGUUGAGUCUUUGGAAGCAGUGGACUGGGCAGCUGUGAAGGAGCGAAGCGGCGCGGAUGUUGAGCCUGAACGCCUGAGGGACUAUUUCGCGAGCAAGCUUGCUGUCUUGCCGCCCGAGCAGCAGCAGCUGCCAUUUCAAGACCAACUCGCAGUGUUGCGCGCAGGCUCAACCGUUGUCUCGAAGAAACACAGACGGAAACGAACACAGGCGCAGGUGCGCUGGGCGGCGUUCAAGGUGCUGCAAGGCAUGGAUGCUGAGUCCUUUGAAGCGAUUGACUGGGCUGCUGUGAAGGAGCAAAGCGGCGUGGAUGUUGAGCCUGAACGCCUGAAGAAGAUUGUGCUGCGGUACUUCCCAGGCAGAGCUCGCAGACUACCGUUCAGGCAGCAGCUGCAGUGGGUGAUGGCUCGAUCACUGGUGAAAAAUGUAGCGCCAGUGCAUCUUCGGAAGGCUCUUGCGGUCAUUGCGGACAUGGGUGUGUCAUCGCUGGACGAGGUUGAUUGGGACGAGGUGCAACAACGCAUUGGGACAAGCGCAUCCACUGCGAGAAACAUCAAGGCUCGAAUGACGCAUGCCCUGAGUGCGCUGCCGGCUGAGGCACAGUCUGAGCCACUUGAGCAGCAGCUAGAGCGAUUGAGAGUGCUAGCGGCGAGUACGCUGCGGCUGUCGUCGACACGUUCCCGCUGCAUAGCUGCGAUUGAGGAGCUUGGUGCUGCGUCGUUGGAAGCAGUGGACUGGGAAGCUGUGAAGGAGCAAAGUGGCGCGGAUGUUGAGCCUGAACGCCUGAGGGACUAUUUCGCGAGCAAGCUUGCUGUCUUGCCACCCGAGCAGCGGCUGCUGCCAUUCCAAGACCAACUCGCAGUGUUGAAGGUAGCCUCAGGGACACAGAGGGAACAGCGCACGCGAACAGUGACGCAGGUGCAACGCAGGGCAGCGUUCAAGGUGCUGCAAGGCAUGGAUGCUGAGUCUCUUGAAGCGAUUGACUGGACUGCUGUGAAGGAGCAAAGCGGCGUGGAUGUUGAGCCUGAACACUUGAAGGCGUCGUUUGCAUCCGAGUUUAGCGAACUUCCGCUCAGGUUGCAGGUACUCCCUUGCAACACGAAACUUCAAUGCUUGGCGUGCUGGUCGCUGCCCACAUCUCGAUUGGUGCCGUGGGCACACCUGAAACUAUUGAGAUUACUUCGCCGUCGAGCGCCCUCGUCUUUGGAUGACAUUGAUUGGCACCAAGUUGAGCGUGACGUGAAGCUGCCUUUUCCUGCUGAAUUCCUCAAGCACUACAUUCGCCAGCAAUUGGCUACACUGCCCCAAAAGCAGCGGGUUUUGUCAUUUGCUGGUCAGCUAGCAGCGUUGUACUCGCUGUACUCGCACCGUCCACUCACGCCGCAGGAGAGACAACGUGUUUGGGAGACAAUCAAGGACAUGGAUUGCUCAUUCUUGCACGAGGUGGACUGGGCGGAAGUUGUCACUCGGCUUCAGCUGCCUCAUCGUCCAAGCAGUCUGAAGAAGCUGAUGAUGACGCACGUGAAGCGUUUGACUCCCAACUUGAUCGAUCGUCCGCUUGCCGAGCUGUUGCCCAAGAUUAUGUCGGCUGUGCACCCCUUGGUUCUGUCCCAAGUCACUCGUGUCAUCUACAGUUCGGGUAUCACUUCGCUUGAGCAAGUGGACUGGAAGGCAGCGUCAGCCUCACAUGCAACUCCUGCCGACAGGCUGAAGGAAGCACUCAAGGAACAACUUGGAGAGCUUCCUGCCGAGUCGACAUCGUUGUCCUUUCGAGACAAGUUGAAAUUGCUGCUGGCCUUGUCUUCCCACCUGCACCGCCGGGAGAAAACGGACAUCAUUUUCUCGCUGCAAGAGCUUGGGUAUUCGUCAGUGGACGAGGUUGAUUGGAGCGUUGUGCAAGAAGCCUCUGGCGUCUUCCGAGCGCCAGAAACAAUCGAGGCACACGUGAAGCAACUUCUGCAGGGUGACAAUGAUGGCCACCAGUCGCUGUCGUUCCAAGAACAACUGCAGAAGCUGUUGCCAAGUCACGCACUGCGUGGAGAUCAACAACGUGCCGUUGCCCACUUCAUUCGUGAUUUCGGGUACAAGUCGCUGGAGGAGGUGGACUGGGAGGACAUCCAUGAACACGUCGGCUUUGAUUUCACCCCGACCGUCUUGAAGGCGCGAUUCUUGAAGGCGCUGAGGCCGUUCUCUGAACUCCCCACCUUUGAGGCCAUGCUUCAGGGGGUGCUUUCCGCACAGAAGGCGUCUCAUCUCAUCCGACCAAGCCUGUACAAGCGCCUGCUGCGUGUGUUAGCGGAGCUCGACUACUCAAACCUUUCGGACAUCAACUGGGACAUCGUCCAGGAGAAGAUGCAUACAUGUGUCCCCACAAGCCUCCUCAAGAAACACCUGGAAGUGGCGGUGCCAUCAACGUACGGCGACAGCAUUCCAUUGCCUCGAGACCUGGGCUGUUUGCGUCCGUCUAAGGCCCAACCGAAAUUGCGCAGGAAGAAAGCCAAGACGACGAGCACCAAUUUACGGAUGAGUCGUGCCACUCACCGCGCAGUUGUGUCUGCCGUGCAAAAGAUGGGUGCUUCGUCCCUUGAGCACGUGGACUGGGCUGCCGUCAAGCAGAAACUCCAGUUGGAGUAUUCUCCUAAUUUUCUCAAGAAACACGUGUCCCGGCGGCUUGGACGGCUGCCCAUCCAAAUUCAGUCAUUGCCGUUUCAAGAGCGCCUGGCCAUCAUUCAACCCCGGCUGGAGGAUGUGACACUGAAUGAUCUGGUGCUGAGUGACUCGGAGGACGAAGAUAGCGACAACGAAGGUGCGGGAGACGAAAGCAGCGACUCUGACGGCGACGAAGAUGACAUCGAAGCCCAUGAUCAUGAGGCAGAUGAUGCAGAGGAAGAGGAGGAGGAAGAAGAAGAAGAACAAAUGGGAGAAGAGGAAGAGGAAGAAUAUGUAGAGGAGGAGGAGGACAGUGGAAAAGAGGACAUGGAAGAGGACUGGGAGGCCUAUGAUGCAGAGGAAGCAGUGGACGAGGACGAAGACCAAGAAGAGGAAGAAUGGGAUGCCUCUGUUCAGGAUUCCGAUGGCCUCUCUGACGAGGAAGUUGUCGUGGAAGAAGUGGAGGUGGAUGAAGAUUUUGAGGCUGCCUCAGAUCAGGAUGAUGUCGAGUACGAGAUUGUUGAGGAAGAGGAAACCGAUGAUGAGCAUGCCAGCGCAGCUGGCUCUGACACCGCGUCCACAAGUGGAGUUCGUGCACAGUCAGUGUUGGCCGUGCCUGCCAGUUCUCAUGGGAGUGCGGAGAAGCGCCAUUCGUCAACCUCCCAGGCCCAGGCAUCAGACGCUGACUCUGUUCUGCUGUCCACGCCGACACCCGUGACUGUUGCCCCCGCCGACGCCUCCGCUGCACAUGAGCGAUCAUCGCCGCAGCAAAUCGGCGACAAAGAGCUGGCCCAAGAAGGGCACGAUGCGGUGGCCCGUGUAAGCGAUGAUGGUUCCGCCUCAGCUCCCACACGCACCAAGAAGAAGCACAGGAAGAAAAAGCACAAGAAGCAGGACAAGGAACACGGUGCCAGCAAUACUAGAGCUGGUGCUGGUGGUGGUAGUGGUGAUGAUGAUAAUGAUGAUGAUGUGGGUGUUGCUGAAGCGGCGCAACCAGCACAGAGUUCGCCCGACCAAGCCGGCAUAGCGCACAGCGAAGUCGACGUGCAGCAACCUGGCAGUGCAGGCUCCCCGUCAAAGAAGAGAAGAAAGAACAAGGCGAAGCACCGCAGCAAGCGCCGCAAGCUCGUCGACAGCGAUAGCGACGACACAGCGCAGGCGGCACAAGAGGCUGGCGAAGAUGUCGUGAUUGAGGCGGCGGUGGCCCCGGAUGCCGAUGGGUCUGGAGAUGGUGCAGAGGCAUCAGAAUCCGGCAAGACGGAGAAGGGAAGAAAGAAGACAAGGAAGAAGAGGAAGAACAAGAAGCACAGGAAAGACAAGCCGCUUGCCAGCGAUGAUGAUGUGAUGCCUGCGGUGGCGACACCCGAUGCAAGCGACUCAGUGCGGGAGCCGAUUUUGGAUGACCACGAGGAAGUGGAAGAAGAAGGCGCAGUGUCGGAGCGGCAGGUGGCCGUGGCGGCAGCUGGUGAAGCAAGGGAUCACGGUGAGGAAGCGACGACGAGCACGAAGAAACGGAAGAAGAGAAAGAAGAAGCACAAACGAAGCAAGAAACGUGUUGCAGGCGGCGAUGAUGGGCAUGGGUUGAGCGCGCAGAAACGGGCCAAGGGUGGCGCGGACUCUGACGCUGAAUAGCACUGAGAACAGCGAAGUGGAUGUGCCUCCCUUUGGGAUUUGCAUGUGUGUGUGUGUGUGUGUGUGUGUGUGUGUGUGUGUGCUUGCUGGUGCUGUCGUUUUUGCUUCAUCAGUCGUGAUGACGGGGUUUAGGUAGCUUGUUGAAUUCACCCACCCACAUGUAACAUGUUGGCUGAUAUUUGUGGUUGCUGUCAAGACGUGCAAUGACGCUUUACGAUGUGACAUGAUGUGACACGCGAUUUGAUGUGAUGUUAAAAGUAAACAGGCAGUGUCAUUGAGCAACAGAUAAAUAGCAGCCG